UACUGUGUGUUUUCAAAUUCUAGCUGGCAGUAACAGUAUUUUUGUGAAUAAUGUUAAAAGCAAAGGGUUAAUGUGAUGAACGUGAAUGAUCUGAAGGGCAUUAAUGGUCAUUCCUCAUCAGUUCUUCCCUUUACAACUGCCCCCUGUCCUUCUCAUCCUGUCCCGUCCUGUACUGAAGAUAGGGAGCGAGUAAGAGAGGGAGAGAGAGAGAGGGAGAGAGACAGAGGGAGAGAGAGUGUUUUUGUUCUGGGACAAAAAGGCGUUCUCCUGCCUCAGGAUGUUGCCUUUAAAACUGAAGAAGUGGGUUUCCUGUGGAGGAAACGAUCACAGAAUAGACAAGGCCUGGUUAAGACGCUGUGUUCCCAACGUGACAACAUUUCUGGAGUGCAGGUCACUCGGCUGCAGAGUGGGCAGCACACUUCUCUGGAGCAAAUUUUCGAUCCUCUUCGGCGCAGUGAGAGGUUUUUCACUUCUCUGAUGGAUCCUGGAUGCUCUCAAGACUGGCUGAUUCACAUCACGAAAGGUGAACCUGACCCUUCCCACACAAUUCAGCACUUGUGAAUAUUACACCAUGGAUCAGCUGCAAGUGUAUCCAACUGAACGCACCUAUUGAUGUUUUCUUAAUGACUAGGCAUCCCUGCCCCAUCUCAUUAUCCUGUGAGUACCAGCUCAUGCUUGAGAGAAGUAAAUUCUGGAUUCCCAUGUAAGGUGACUGACCAAAAGAGACAUGUCCAAUGAUAGCUGCAACCUCCCCUUAGACACGGACACCGUUGGCCUGACCUACAUCUAUGGCCUGAUCUUCUCACUGGGUCUUCCCAGCAACCUGCUUUCUCUUUGGGGACUGUACCAGCUGGGCCGCUCAGGUGGAGGUGGCUGCCAGCUGGUCUACAUCCUCAACCUGCUGCUGUCCGAUCUCCUGCAGCUGCUCACCCUGCCCCUGUGGAUCCUCUACCUCCAGGGUGGGCACCGCUGGCCCUAUGGGCAGCCCGCCUGUGAGCUGGUGGGCUAUGUGUUUUACGUCAACGUCUACGCCAGUGUCAUGUUCCUGUGCCUGAUAGCGCUGGACCGCUGCCUGGCCAUCGUAUACCCGUUGAGCAGUCGUGGGGUGCGGACCGUGAAGGUGGCAGCGGUGUCGGGGGUUGCCGUGUGGACUCUUACCUUCCUGUUCUGCCUGUGGGGGCUACUGCCCUCUGUGUUUGACUCUGAGAGGCUACUGUGUCUGGAGCAGUACCCUGUCAGCCCCAGAUAUGCCCACUUCAAGAUUGCCACAGUGGCCCUCGGCUUUCUACUGCCGUGUGCCAUACUGGGCUACACCUCGGCCCACAUUGGGGUCACGCUCCGGCGAUCACCCUCUGUCUCCGACCACGAGCGACGCAAAAUCGUCGGCAUCCUAGUCAUCAUCACUAUCAACUUCAUCGUGGUCUUUGGACCGUACCACCUGGUGGGAGGGUACAGGUUUGUGUACUUGCUGAUGACUGACGAGCCAUGUGGAUUGGAGCGCUCCAUUUUCCUUGUCUACCGACUGUGCUACGGCCUGACCAGCCUCAACACCCUGCUGGAUCCACUUUUCUACAUUUUCCUGUGCCCUGAUGCCCGGCUGGAGCUGCGAAGGUCCCUGCCCUGCGUGGGAAAGGGGCAGAGCACCCGCAAACAAGUCACCCUGACAUCCAGUGCUUACCUAGCCACCCGAGGUCAGACUGUGAUGGGACACGACCCUCUGGGAGUAUGAAUUGUUUAUAACAAGGACAGAGAGUGAGAAACACAGAGAGAAUGACAAAUUAUGUUGCAGCUACAUCUUUUUUUGUUUGACCCAACAGACUCCCCCUGCUACAGUAAAGAAAAUGCAAUUGUGCCACCUUGUGGAUAUAAGCGUAUAUUGCAGACUUUUCCCUCCACCAGAUCGGUGUGACAGCUUUGCCUGACAGAGCAGCCACCAGAUCUACAACAAAUUCAUUUUAAUGGAGAGUUUUAUUGUCCUGUGUUGGUCUAAAUGCUUUAUUCAGCUCUCAGAGAAACACUUUAAAAGGAUAAGAGACUUGAGCUGUUACCUACAAAGCACUUACAAAUGUUCCCAAAAAAUAUGAAAAUAUCUUGUUUACUACAUGAUCAAAAUGCACUCUUGUAAACAUGUCUGGAGUAACACCCACUGCUGCUUCAAGGUCAAGAUACACAGUGAGCAACCGUCUUUCAGAUACAGCUUGAAAUGUAACUGGCCAUCCAUUUACUAUAUUUAGGGGUCUGUUUUGAUAUUGUUUCAGAGAGCUUCACCAGUGGAAUUUAUGCUUUUUAUAAUUUUCUACCAUGUUUAACUAAAAAUAAGGGCUGCGGAGUAUGGUGAAAAAUGCUAUCAUAAUAACAGUAAAAUGUAAAAAUUGAUAUUAAUUGUAUCUUGAUACAUGUCAAAUAACUAUCAUGUCACAUUUAAGGCUACUUUGGGCUUUUGAGUGAAAUCCGACAAAAUCAAGAUGUUAAAAAUUAUCAUGAUGCUGUUCUCCUUGAGCCACCAAAAGACAGC